AUGUCUAAAUUCAAUAUUCCAUUGUACAAGUUGUUAUUGAUUGGAGAUUCAGGUGUUGGAAAAACUUGCAUUUUAAGUUCAUUUUCACAAAAUGGUUACAAAGAAAGUAAUUUGUCAACAAUUGGUAUCGAUUUUAAAGUACGAGUAAUCGAAGUUGAUGAAAAAAAAGUCAAGCUUCAAGUAUGGGACACAGCUGGUCAAGAAAGAUUCAAAAGUAUCACAACAGCAUAUUAUCGUGGAGCACAUGGAAUAGUACUUGUUUACGAUGUAACUGAUGAAAAAAGUUUUGAAAAUAUAAAAGAAUGGAUGCGUCUUAUCAAAACUCAUGCUUCAGAAGAUGUUGAAAAAAUUCUUCUUGGUACAAAAUGUGAUUUAGAAAACCAGAGAAAAGUAACAACAGAAAGAGGAAAACAAUUAGCUGUUGAAUGUGGUAUGAAGUUUUUAGAAACAUCUCCUAGAAUGGACAUUAAUAUUGAAGAAGCAUUUUAUACAAUUACCAAAGAUAUUAUUGACAAAACUAAAGAACAACCGGUAAGUUCAAAAAUCAAUAUAUUAAAAAAGAUUUAG